AUGGGAGACAAGACUCUGGGUCUCGUGGCCCUAUUAAUCCUCUUCGGCCCUAUAGCCUCUCUGGACCCACGUGGCCUCCCCCUCAUUUGGGAUCCCGACACUGACGGCCCUAUAUCCAAUGACCCCAUAUCCAACCCCAUAUCCAACCCCAUAUCCAACGACCCCAUAUCCGACCCCAUAUCCGACCCCAUAUCCCACAUCUCCACCCCAUUGUUCCUCUCCUCCCAUGGCUUCCCUUCACCCCAUAGAAGCUCCGACCCCAUAAAGGCGACAUCCGACCCCAUAGACGUCGAUUCUCCUUCACCCCAUAAGUGGGGGUCGUUCCCGACCCUAAAAGACGAUAAUGGGGUCGAAGAGCUGAAGGUUGAAUUCCUACCUGUGGAUUUGGGGUCAAAAGGGAAGAAAAGGGGCAAAAGGGGCACUGACCCUAUUAGGGCUGACCCUAUUGACCCUAUUAGGACCAGGGCUGACCCCAUAGACCCUAUUAGGACCAAAGCUGACCCCAUUGACCCCAUUGACCCUAUUAGGGUCAGUGCUGACCCCAUUGACCCUAUUAGGACCAGGGCUGACCACAUUGACCCUAUUAGGACCACGGUUGACCCCAUUGACCAUAUUAGGACCAAAGCUGCCCCCAUUGACCCUAUUAGGACCAGGGCUGACCCCAUUGACCCUAUUAGGACCAGGGCUGACCCCAUUGACUCUAUUAGGACCAGGGCUGACCCCAUAGACCCUAUUAGGACCAAGGCUGACCCCAUAGACCCUAUAGGGUCCAAGCAUUACCCUAUAGUUACCGGGUCUCGUUAUGGGGCCGUGGAGCUUUUAGGGGAUCCCAAUAAUUCAGGUGACAUCAGUGGGUCCGGAGACACCGAACUUCCCAUCACCGACCCUACAACGACCCCAAACCCCCCCCAAAACCCCAUAACCACCACCCCACAACAAGGUACGUCCCACCCCAUCCCCUGACCCUAUAAAAGCCCCCUAUAGGGUUAU